AUGAAGGCUAUCGCAGCCCUCGCUCUCGUUGGCGGUGCCAUUGCUGCCCCGACCAAGACGGUCGAAAGCCGUCAGCUCCCAGGAAUGGGUUCCCUCCCCGGCCUCGAGAACGGAGUGACCCAGAACGCAGGCUGUCAGGAACUGACGUUCAUUUUCGCCCGCGGAACAAGUGAAAUGGGCAACAUGGGAUCGGUCGUUGGACCGCCCGUGGCUAAGCAGUUGGCCUCCUUGACUGGAAAUAAAGUGACUGUGCAAGGUGUUGAUUACCCUGCUGAUGCUGCUGGCAACGCAAACAUGGGCGCAUCAGGCGGACCCAAGAUGGCCGAACUCAUCCAACAAGCCAAGAAGCAGUGUCCGAACACCAAGGUCGUGGUUGGUGGAUACUCCCAGGGUGCCAUGGUCGUGCACAACGCCGCCAGCAAGGUCGGUGCCGAUGCCAUUUCCGGAGCUGUGCUGUUCGGCGACCCGUUCAAGACGCAGGGUGUUGGGCAGCUCGCUUCUAAUAAGGUCAAGGAAUUCUGCGCUUCUGGUGAUCCCGUCUGCCUGAACGGUAUGAACUUCAUGGCUCAUCUUUCCUAUGGUUCCAAUGCCCAGGAAGCGGCCCAGUUCUUGGUCCAGGCGGCCGGGCUUUAG